CGAGAUCCACUUACCCAUCUAAACCAAUCAACACCGGGUGAUCUAUUGACAGAAUGGACAUUUAAUUAACAUUAGCCUCCAGUAAAACUAAAUUGCGAAAACUUUUUGGUAAGGUUUGGAGUUUGUUGCUGAUCCAUGAGAUGGAGGUCAGAUUGUACUGUACAGUUGUGUUCCUGGUGCUAGUCUCACAGUGGCAGUGUCAGGCAGUCAACUGUGGUGUCAAGAUCAGACUGACAGAUAAAGGAAUACGUUUCAUUGGAGCAAUCGCUAGUAAACAAAUAGAAUACAUCGUAAGGAAUCUGAAAAUUAAAGACAUCGAAGGUAAUAAUGGAGGCUUGUACUAUAAACUCAGAAAUACUGAAGUGAAAUCCGCGAAGCCACCCAAACUGAAUAUCUCACUCAGUGGCAGCGAAUCGGGUGGUGGGGAGAUCACUGUAGUCGCGAGUGACCUGGCUGUGAAUCUGGCUACACAGUAUGACGCAUCCUACAGACUCUUAAAUGGAAGUAUUCAAUUUCCUAUCUCUGGCUAUACACAAGCACAAUUGGAUCAAAUACAGAUAGUCUUGAAGCUUUCUUUAUCUUCUGACUAUGAAGACCUCUACCAGCCAGUCAUCAAAACUCUGGGCUGUAAUGUAAACAUUAAAACCUUCAAUGUAGUUUUUAAUGGAGAUUUUGAGUGGCUGUUGAACUUAAUACGCUUUCUGUUCUCAGACUACAUAAAGACUACAAUACAGGAACAGAUCUGCAGAUAUAUAAUUAAAGCUAUUGACGUGAACGCUGCUAAUAAGACCAAAAAUAUACAGUUUUACUCAGUAAUAGCUGAUUCCUUCGUGAUUGAUUAUGGCUAUACCUCAAAAAUAGAACUCAACAAAGAUUAUAUGGAAGCCCGUCAUUCGGGAGAGGUCUACUGGAAGUUGGACAAGAAGCCAAGCCCUUACGUGCCUUCAGAGUUGCCAGAAUUUCAACAUGAUAACUCUAGCAUGGUGUACUUCUUAAUGUCUGACUACACACCCAAAACUUUGGCUUACACUGCUCAAUCCCAGGAUUACCUGCAGUAUACUCUGACGCGCGACAAGAAUUUACCUGGCCUACAGGACUUGAAUCGUGACCGCUACUUGUGCAACCCGAGAAGUUCUCGCUUCAGUUCGUGUCUGACUCAAGACACUUUGGACGAUUACCUUCGUACCUCGUGCCCUGAUAAACAAUGUGUAGGAUGUGUUAUCAAAGAGAUAGAGCAGAGAUACCCGAAUACUGACGUCGCCGUGGCCAUUAGGUCCUACCAAGUUCCGGACAUAGUAUUGACGGCUGAAGGGCUGGCCGUCACCCUGUACGGAAGCCUGAACCUGGAUGUGAAGACCAACGAUACUGUCGCGCGUGUGCUCAACAUUAAAAUGGUAUUGAACCUGAAUGGAACAAGCUACGUUGAAGGAAACAGACUGGCAGCUAAAAUACAACAAUACAGCUAUCAGAUCAAGAACCUAACAUCAAUCAUUCUGCAAACAAAUGUGACGCAAACCAGUGAAUUUGUAAGCACUCUUUUAGACCUGUUUCUCAUCCCACAAGUGAAGAGGCUCGCAACUUUUGGACUUCCACUAUUUAACAUUGAAGGAACCAAGCUGGAAAGAUCUAACCUGACUCACUUAAAUGGGUCUAUACUCGUGUCAACUGAUGUUAGUUAUAAGGAGGAGGAUUACCUCAAUUUCUUCCCUUGAUGCCAAAACAAAAGAGUAAAAACGAUAAAUCGCCAAUAAACUCGAAGAGAUAAUAAACUCUGCAUAAAUGGAUUCUUUAAAAAUA